CCACCGCACACCAAACACAGCAAAACAAAGCAGAAUAAGCCGUGUACAUCUAUAAUUGAUACUAUCCCGUGAUCUGGUUUCGAUAUACACGAACAAGUGCAUAGUUAGCGCCAAGUCCAGCAUGGAUCUGGUGUCAGGGGCGAUGGGCAGCCUCGCCCCCAAGCUAAUCCAGCUGCUCCAAGAUGAGUACCAGCUGGAGAAGCAUCUGAGGAGUGAAGUGAAAUCUCUCUCAGAGGAGCUGGAGAGCAUCUACGCCUUCUUCCACAAGGUGGCGCAAGUACCAUGGUACAACCUUGAUAAGCAGAUCAAGAUCUGGGCACGAGAGGUCAGGUGUGCAUCCUUCGACAUGGAGGAUGUCCUUGAUACCUUACUCGUACAGGCCAAGAGCCAUGACCACGCCGACCAGAGCAGGCUCAAGCAUGCCAUGAAGAAGAUGGGUGACCUGUUCACCAAGGCCAAGGCUCGCCAUGACAUCGCAAGCGACAUCAAAACCAUCAAAGAACAAGUUAAGGUGGUGGCAGAGAGACGUCAAAGGUACAAAAUUGAUGAUAAUAUUGAGGCCAGGACUACUACCACAAUAAUCGAUCCUCGACUUUUGGCUCUUUAUAAAGAAGCUUCACAGCUCAUUGGCAUCGAUGAACCAAUGGAUGCGGUCAUCGAGAUGCUAUCUGUUGGGAACAGGCAUCACAGUACGUCUGGCAAGGAGACAAAGAUUGUCUCCAUUGUCGGGUUUGGAGGAUUGGGCAAGACCACUCUUGCCAAGGCUGUGUAUAACAAGGUUAAUAAUCAAUUUGACUGUUGUGCUUGUGUUCAAGUGGGACAAAAUCCUGACCUCAGGAAAGUCCUGAGGGACAUUCUCAUUGAUCUCAAGCCAACAAACAUGACCAGAGCUCAUGUCGAGAAACAGCUCAGCUUUGGUUAUCUCAAGGAAUUUGAUGAAAGGCAACUCAUCAAUGAACUCCGAUUGUACCUUCAAGGAAAAAGGUAUUUCAUUGUUGUAGAUGACAUAUGGCAGACAUCAGCAUGGGAAGUCAUUAGCUGUGCAUUUGUUGAUGGUAAUUGUGGUAGUAGAAUACUCACCACUACACGUAAUUCUCAAGUUUCAACAGAAAUUGAUGGUGAGAUUUAUAGAAUGGAAGAACUUUCUUACAACAACUCCAGAAAACUAUUCUAUGCCAAAACAUUUGGUGGGGAAGAAAGAGGUCCUAGUAGUGACGAAUUGGACAAUGAGGUAUGUGAAACAAUUAUACAGAAAUGUCGUGGGGUACCAUUAGCUAUUGUCACAAUUGCCGGGGCGCUAGCUAGAAAACCAACAAAGGAGUGGUCUCAUCUAUACAACUCAAUUGGUUUUAGUUCAGAUGACGAUAAAGUUGAGAAUAUGAAAAAGAUUCUAUCAUUUAGCUGCUAUGACUUACCUAGUCAUCUAAGGACUUGCUUCCUCUAUCUAUGUGUAUUUCCAGAAGAAUAUUAAACUCU